UGUCAUGUUCUCAAUUUAUAGCUAGCUAUGGCAUGCAACGCGUUGUCUUGUUUGAAGCAAGAUGGCCUCACUCUCAUGGCAGAACAGGCCCAGGCUCUCAAGCUCCUGUUUGAGGGAAGGGACGUGUUUAUCUGGUUCCCAACGGGGUAUGGCAAGUCUCUCUGCUAUAUCAGUUGCUACCCUUUUUAAUGGACUACAAGCUAGGUAGGACCAAGGCUCCUCCUGUUGACAAAAGUGUUGUUCUUGUUAAUUGUCUCUCCCCUUGUAUCUCUCAUCAUGAGACUCAUGAUUGACCAGAUCAGGAGUCUAAACAAUAGAGGUGUUUCUGCUGCCAUCCUCAGUAGCAAUAAAGGAAUCGACAAAGAUUUGGUUGCCACUGCCAAAGAAGUGUCUUCUGGGAAGUAUUUCCUGCUGUAUACUGCCCCAGAGGCUGUUGUUGAAGACCACUGUUGGAGGAUUCAUUUUUUGUUGUACCACCAGUCAAUUUGUUUUAUGUAUUAAAAAACCACGCCCAGAUCACGCCCAAAUACAAUCAAUACCAGGCCUAGUAGGCGACCUAGCGUUCAAUUGGAGACGGAUCGGCCGGGGGUCGAGGCUAGAAUCACCCAUACUUUUGGUGUCCGGACACAAAAGGUGCGGCUGAUUCAUGAGACUAUCUUUAUCGUUGCCUAUCAAAGCGCAUGCGCAUAAGCACACCUACUAAAAGGUUUCAGUAGAGGAACUCAGUCAUAUCAAGACAAAGCUGAGACAAGCAACCUGAACGCUUGUCCGAGCCAUAAAAUUACUAUCACAACAGCUAUCUCUCAACCUACUACCUGGAGUGUGCACACAGGCAUGUCAAGUGUGGCAGCCACCGUGGAGAUCAACUCAAGCUCAAAGGAGAGCAUAUUUGCUGGCAACCUGUUGAAAGCUCCUCCACUAAACAGAAGAGGCCGAAAGAAAUGGCACGAGCGUUACAUCGUGCUGAGGGCCAAUAGAACAUUGGAGACGUUCAAAACACGCAAGGCAGCUUUGUCCCACAAAUCUCCUCGACGUGUCAUCGACCUACGCAGUUGCAUCAACCUGGAGAUUGGACUGGAGUACAAGAAUCAGCAGCAUAUACUCAGUAUAGGGACCUUCAAGCGAACGUUCUUCUUUGCUGCUCCGUCUGACCCACUCAUGUUACAGUGGUCCUAUCUACUGGAGAAGACAAAGAAUGCUCAAGAAGGGGAGACAAUAGAGGUACUGGACAUUGGCCUGAGGAAGUCACGUGACAAGCCUGCUGUUCAUCGUGUCAAGCCCAAGGCACGCAAUGCUCUCGGAUCACCACAGCAACAACUAUAUGGAACACUGCCCAAGGGUAGUGGUAUUUCUCUGGCAAAUCUCGGGAGGAACAGCAACGAAACUGUUAAUCUCAGAGCAUCCGGCCAAUCAGAUGUCAGCGUUGAGUGUGAGUCACGAUGCAGCGAGUACAGUACAACGUCAGCCACACCGUCACCAGCUCACGUACGUCCCGUUAGCUAUGUAACAGUGAUCCCCAAUCGUGUACCCCCGCCCACUGGUUUCCUAGCAACCGCCAAACGAACCAAGGAGGGCUACUUUAUUGUGUCUUCCAAACCUACCGUGGAGAUCGUUGAGCCAGCCAAGAGUGGAGGCAGUCCAAAACGAAAGAAAGAAAAGACGGUGGGAUUUGUGGAGAAGCCAGGAUCACUGCAUCGUGGCAUGGCUGUCAAGACUGGGACUGUGAAGAGUGGGCGUGUGCAACCAACCACCACCACCUAUUCGACCCCUAACCCCAGUCUCAGUGGUGGUAGUGAUCGGUCCGCUGCACUGCAUCUUCACUCUAACAUGAAGAGAUCAUUCAGGUACCGCAAGAUUACUCUACGUCCUGAGCAGCCGUUAUUUGAAGACAAAGGCUCGGACUCAGAGGACGAGGGUGAUGACAAGAGGGAGGGGGGCAGUGGGGACGAGGGGACCCCUGUCAUUAAUGGCACUGCUCUGGAUAUCAGUGAAGAGCAUGUAAAGAAAUCCGGCAACAUGUUCGAUAUGAGCCCUGUUGCAAAGGAUAUGACCUUUGGACCCUCUGACUAUAAUGCCGGCAGCAGUCUCAUCCCCAGAGCAAACAGAUACUCAAAGGUGGUGAUCGGUGGUGUAAGAGAGGGCUGUGAUGAUGAUACCUCACGCAGGAGAGCCUCCUCACAACCUCCCAGUGUGAGGGGGAACACUGGACUGUCUGAGCAACCAUUCGAUACUCUCCCUGCCCGCCCACCUAGUGAUUGCUACGAAUCCAGAAACUCGCUGGACGACAUACUAGUCGAACCACCCGAAAUGUUUAACCCUACUGAAACCCAAAUACCACCGCCAUCACCAAGCGACAAAGGACUUAAAGAAAUUAUCGGCCGUGUAACAAAAGGAUCCAGUCACAUGACUGCUCGUAUAAUCCCGAGCAACGUAUCCCACGGCAACGUAUCACAUGAUCGGCACAGUACAGAGUCCAACGAUACGGGCUAUACCAGCGGUGCUAGUCCAGGGCUGGGGGAAACACAGACUCUGUGUGUGGACGGAGUGAAUAAUGGAGUGGAUAUCGGAGAGUUCCAACUAGAGUUCAAGGAAACCGGUUCAACCAGUUCAGACGCCGUCACUAAGCAACCAACUGAAGAUGCGCCGACCAAUAAGAUUACAGACGGCCCUCGCAGUUACAUACCUCUUGUGUUCUACUCGAUCAAGAGAAGCUUCUUUAUUCUGCAAGUUUGUCUAGUGGAGACUGUCGACGAACUUAUCAAGGACCUGGUCUCGCUGAAGGCUAUAGAAUCGUUCACUCUAUUGGAAUGUGACGAGCUCCAUGGAAACGAUAAUGUGUCCGCAUCUAGUGAUGACUUCACCGUGGCAACGUCACUCGAAGAUUUGGAAUUUGGAUUCAGCGUAAUACGAAGUACACAAAAGGAUUUGUUCAGUCGGAAAGUUAGAGAGUCGACAUUUGAAGUACAGAAUUUGUUUGGAGGGAGCAAACCAUUCUCAUGUGAUGUCAUGAUUUGUCAUGGGGACCAGAUGAUUGUCAUGCCGAUUGAAAUCACCAUCUAAAAAAUGUACAUGGUGGGCAGGAUGAACCUAAUACACUGAUCAAAGCACUUCUUAGUUACAUAGCCAUUGACUGGAGCACGCACUGUUUUUAUUCCAUGCAUACAUUAAUUAUUAUUGUUUAUGAAACAUCAUUUUGUGCAAUGCCAAAUUCACUCUAUAGUAAUUAACGCUGCUGUCUUUUGAAGUUCUGGCCCAACUUCAAAGAAAGAUUAUUACUA